GUUGCUCCCCAGCAGAGGCAUUCUGGAGAACCAUCUCCCUCUCUACAAAGGAAUAGACAUAAGGGCUACAGGUGGGGUCUGCUUCAACUGGACGAACUUAGAGUCUCUUUGCAGUAGGGGACUGAGGGGACAGCCCUGCUUAAGCACACCGUGAUUAAAGACGGGAGAAAUUUGAUAUUUUGCUUCUCCAGUUCUGGAGCUCAUAAAUUCACCUUAGGGUGGAAGUCCAAGUUUCACUCGUAGACAACUAUGAGCCUACACAGGAGAACACUGACUCUAGGCCAAGGAUAGCAGCGAGGCAAUCAAGUGACUAAGGCACUCAGUUGAAGGUGGAGUUCACUCUCAGUUUCAAACAGGUUGCUUGAACAAAUCAGAGAGUAACUGCCUCUUUAAAUUUUGUGUCCUGGACAGCACACCAGCCUGACUGCUCAACACCACUCAGCUUUGACUAGCUCCUCCCCAACUUACCUUCACUUCGGCACAACACUUCUGGUAGCAGGUCAGCAAGUUUUUGCAAUGUUGCAGUGGUCUCUACUCAGCACCCUUGUCUGGAGCCCUGGCUCUGUCCUGCUCAUUCUGGUCCUCCUGCAUAGACUAUGUAUGUGGCCUUGGCAUAAGUCUCAUCUUUGGGACCUCCAGCACUGCUCCACAGACUUGACUGGGAAGACAGUGGUGGUGACUGGAGCCAACAGUGGUAUUGGGAAGGCCGUGUCCCAGGAGCUGGCCCGCCGUGGGGCCCGGGUGAUCCUUGCCUGCCGUAACUGGGAGUGUGGACAGCAAGCCCUGGCUGAGAUCCAAGUAGCCUCGAAGAACAACUGCCUCCUGCUUGGCCAGGUGGACUUGAGCUCUAUGGCCUCCAUCCGUAGCUUUUCCCGGUGGCUUCUGCAGGAGUGUCCCGAGAUACAUCUGCUGGUUAACAAUGCUGGAAUCUGCGGAUUUCCCAAGACACUUACCCAAGAGGGCCUUGAUCUCACCUUUGCCACCAACUAUGUUGGGCCCUUUCUGCUUACAAAUCUACUCCGAGGGGCCCUACAGCGGGCAGGAUCAGCCCGGGUGGUGAAUGUGUCUUCCUUUCGGCAUGCACAUGGGUAUGUUGAUGAGGAACAUCUGACAGGGGCUGGUAAACCCUUGAUCUUUAACCAGAAUUAUGACUGCAGCAAACUGCUCUUGACCUCCUUCACUGGGGAGCUUGCCCGGAGACUUCAAGGGACAGGUGUGACUGUGAACUCUGUGGAGCCGGGUAUAGUGUACACAAGUAUCAUGAAGCAUUUUUCUUGGUCAUACCGCUUCCUCUUUUGGCUCUUCAGCUUCUUCUGUAAGGAUGUCAGACAAGGUGCAGUCCCAGUCCUCUACCUGAGCUUGGCAAAGGAGCUGGAUGGCAUUUCUGGAAAAUAUUUUAGCAGUUCCUGUAGGAUAAUUCUUCCCGCGAAAGCUGCUCAGGAUCCUCAAGUGGCCCAAAGGCUCUGGAAUGCCACGGUGCAGCUAACAAACCUGGACAAGAUGGACUGAUCCCCCGUGCCCUCAGCCCUAACUUUGCCAUCCUCCCUGAUUCCCAGCCCCUACUCUGAUCAUGCCUUUUGUUUGUUGGCUCCAAGCAUCAAUCAUCGUGUCUAGUAUAGCAAUCACGUCCUUUUCCUGUUGCCUCAGUGGCAUGAGAGCUCAGAUUAGCCAGGGGACAGUUUUAGCUUCUACUUUACUGCCAGUUCUCUAAUGGAAGUGUUCAUUCCUUGGAUACUGGGAUCUCCAACUCUACAGAGUCCCACGUUGUGGUGACCGGGGUGGGGGGGGGGUAAAACUCCUUCCAGUGGGGAUUAGGGGUGCUGGAAGAAGGGAAACUUCCACCUGUAUCGCUUAGUUUCUACCCAUGUACUUGCUGACUCUGGGGGAGACAGCACCACACAAUGCCAUCUUGAUUAAAGCAUAUACCACAUCCUGUAGGAUAGCA